AAGGCUGGUUCUGUUGAAAAUUAUCGUAUGCUUUGAUUAGAGAGAAGAGCCGCAGAAAGUAUCUUACAUCUGCACGAAGUAAAUAAUCUUUUUCUUCUGUAUUCAUGUCAACAGGUCAAAAUUACACUUUUUAUCUUCAACAAGGCUCUCUGUUUAGGGUUUUCUCCGUCUAUCUGCCCUUUUCUCUUCAUUUCAUCUCUUCAUCUCAGCUUCUGGGUUUUGUCUAUUAGUUUUAACAAGCACGUUUUCUUGGGUUUUGAUUUACUGAGUUGGGUUGUCUUUGGGUGUUUUUUGUUAUUUUAGCUCAAGGCACGGGGGAUUUCACUAGUGGGUGAUUUUGGUGGAGUAGGUACUGCGAGUUUCUUGAGGUUUAUGCAGUCUUCUUUGUUUUCACUUUGUCUUACCUCGUCUUUGGGUUAGGGACAACCUUGGUGGCUUUAUUUUUCGUGCUACUUUGAGUUUCAACGUUUGUUUUAUGAGUUUAGUUGUGUUCUGAAUUGGGGUUGGUGUAUUCGGCUCUGCGAAUUGUUACAAGUUGUCUGUAGUUUUUUACGGCGCUGGAGCUUCUACUUUGAUUCUCCUGCUUGUAUUUUGUGGAGUGGGCGGCGAUGAUGGUGAUGGUGAUUCAUGGGUACUAGAACAGCUGAUGUUACUGGACAAAAUGAUAAUAACGCUUUGACAGAGAUGCCGAGUUUUGUCCCCUCAAUACCCAAUUCUAAUCCCAUGGGCACGGAAGGAAAUAGUAUCCGCUCUCGAAUUUCAAGUUUUGGAACUCUUGAACAGUCUCUUGGAUUUCGCAUAGAAGAUGCUGUUGAUCUUAGCAGAAAUCCUGUAUUUAAUCAGUUAAAAUCAAGUAGCCAGGCAAUAGGCACUGAUGUCCAAUUUGGCACUUUGAAUAAGUCGCCUGCACCUUCAGAUGUAAAUCUGUCUUCUGCUGUUGUGCGUACUCAAACAUUGCCACUGCAAAAAGAAUCACAAUCGAAUCCUGUUACUAUGCUUGGUAGCCAUCGUGAAAAUUGGGGGGAGACCAAUGUUGGAGAUGGAAGUCCUAGAACUGAUACCUCAACAGAUGACACAAAUGACAAAAAUCAGAGGUUUGAAAGAGGACAAUCAACAGCAGUCAUGGCAUCUGAUUCUAGUGACAAAUCAAAGGAAAAGACAGGGGACCAGAAGACAUUGCGCAGACUAGCUCAAAAUCGUGAAGCUGCCAGAAAAAGUAGGCUAAGGAAAAAAGCAUAUGUACAACAAUUGGAAAGCAGUCGGCUGAAGCUUACUCAACUUGAGCAAGAGCUGCAAAGAGCCCGUCAACAGGGCAUUUUUAUUUCAAGCUCGGGAGAUCAAUCCCAUUCAAUGAGUGGAAAUGGUGCCUUGGCAUUUGAUGUAGAAUAUGCACGGUGGCUAGAAGAACACAACAGGCAGAUAAAUGAGCUGAGAGCUGCAGUUAAUUCACAUGCAGGAGACACUGAACUUCGUACUAUUGUUGACAAUGUCAUAGCACACUUCAAUGACAUUUUCAGGCUGAAGGGUGUUGCAGCCAAAGCCGAUGUUUUCCACAUCUUGUCAGGAAUGUGGAAGACGCCAGCAGAACGGUGUUUCAUGUGGAUAGGUGGUUUCCGCUCAUCUGAGCUCCUGAAACUUCUUGUGAAUCAAUUGGAGCCUCUAACUGAGCAACAGUUAAUGGGCAUCUACAAUUUGCAACAAUCAUCCCAACAGGCUGAAGAUGCUUUGUCACAAGGAAUGGAAGCACUACAGCAAUCUUUGGCCGAGACACUGGCCAAUGGCACUCCUGGUUCAUCUGGUUCUUCUGGGAAUGUGGCAAACUACAUGGGUCAGAUGGCCAUGGCCAUGGGAAAGCUUGGAACUCUAGAGGGGUUCCUUCGCCAGGCUGAUAAUCUGAGACAGCAAACACUUGAACAAAUGCACCGUGUAUUGACAACCCGGCAGUCGGCUCGUGCCCUUCUGGCAAUAAAUGAUUAUUUCUCUAGGCUUCGAGCCCUUAGUUCUCUCUGGUUGGCACGUCCACGUGAAUGAUGGAAUGAGGGCAAUAGAUUACCUCUCUAGAAAGUUAUUUGGGAGAUUUACUCCAUGACCCACCUGAUAACUUGGAGUUUUCUUUACAAGUGAUUAUGUUCCAUGUACAUCAUCAUAUAAGUCAUCUGCUCAACAAUUGUAUUGCAGUAAGGUCAUGGUUGGUGUAGUUAUAGGUUCCACAUUGCAGCUGUAACAUCAGGUAUGUCUUGUAGAUUCGAUCAUUGUGUGUUGUAAAACAUUUAGCCAAUAAUUUGAUCGAGUUUGAUAUUUGGUAGAAGUGACAAAGGAAAGAGAAGGAGCGGUACAUGUAACAUAGCUUAUAGUUAUUGAUUUGUAUACUGAAAAUCAGAUAUCAGGGUGUAGUUACAUUUGAGUGUUUCGAGAUAUUUUCAUUUGGUAUUUGUACAUGUUUCUUUUGGCAAUUGAUGAUUGUGGGAUGCCUAUUAUACAA